UGAAUCGGCCGUGGUUGAUGGGAGGUGGGUGGUAGUUAGGUGGGGAUAACGCCGGUAAGGUGCACGAUAUUAAUGUUUUUUCUUUCACCAAUCUGCUUGGCAACCAAACUGCAGGCGACGUCGACGGUUUUGAUUCAAUCGACUACCAUCGUCCGUUGAAUUCACCACGUCGGGUAGAUCAUCAGGAACGCUACACACUCGAUAACAUCAUCGCCAUUUAUAACUCAAUCUGGGUUUUUCGAUUUCUAAGAAUCCCAAUCCACCUUCUUCAACCGUCACUAGGGAAAUGGCUUCGUUUGAUCGUUUGGGACAGUUCCCGUUGGGGUCUUCUGUGACCGUAUCCCCAUCGCUUAUAAGUGGACUCGAUCAGAUGAGAGAUGGACGACUCAAUAAGGUACCUAAUUAAUUAAUGUUUUGACUGUUUGGGAUUUUUCAAAAAUACUUUUUUAGAAUUAUUCCCUUAAUCGAUGAUCCAUCCUGACGUGCAUGCUGCUCUUUAAUGAAAAUUUAAUUCCAUUGUACUUAAUUAUAUUAUGUUGAAACUGAAAAUAACCAUAGAAUAUUUGUAUACAUGAUCACACUAUCAUGAUUAUAAAUUAGUAAUAGGUAUUAAACAUAAUAUUAAAUACCGAAACACCUCUUUGAAUUAAUUGUGUAUAUUUGGCCUUAUAUAUUAAUAUUUUUAAUUAUUUUUAAUUGGUAACAGAUCUUUAUAAAUUAUAUAACCUAUUUUAUAGUUUAUUCCGUUAUUUAUUUACUAAUAAAUUAAAUUUAAAAUCAAUUUCUUUAUUAAUAUAUUUAUUUUUUUCGAAUAAUUGUGUUUUAGGAUCAAGAUUUAAAUUUCCUUUUCAAAUACAAAAUAUGAGUAGGUACCUAAGUUCCAAGGAAAUACCUAAAAAAUAAAUUUACUGUAACUUGUGAGUUAUUAAUAAUUACCUAAUAGGUACCUUCUACCUACAUAUUUAAUUAAAUUAUAUAAUUUAUUUAUAUCUUUAUAACAUGGCAUGUAUAAAGUAGGUAUUAUACAUAUUACAUUGCAUUAUCUAACUAGGUUUAAUGUUAUAUUUAUUUAAAAAUACUAAUUGAAAAAUAAUUAUAAACAUUGGAUACCUAUGUUCAUAUAAAUUAAAAUUUUAAUUUUGAUAUUGAUCACUUAAUUUUUUUUUAUAGUUUAAGUUAUGAAUAUAUACAAACCUAACCUAUGGUUUAUGUUUAAGGUCAUAUAUAUAAUUACAGUUAUAAAUAUAGUAAGAUUUAAGUACCACAAAUAUAUAAGGAACCUAUAUACUUAAUUUAUUAUUACAUUUUUAUUAAACAAAACAAAUUAUUUUAAAGAUUUAAUUUUAGUUACUAUUUUCAUUUUAAUUUUUUUUUAUUAUGAACUAUUAUUAAAUUUAAUGCAUUUGAACUUAUAAGUUAUAAGUCAACAUAAUGUUUUUAUAGAUCAAUUAAUGACUCAAUUUACUUUAUGAUACCAAAUUAAUUAAUACCUACCUAUUUUUUAAUUUUAUUGAAUGCUUAGUAGUUAUUAGUUUAUUACUUAUUACAGUUAAUAUAAUAAUAAUUGUAAUAUCUACAAUAGUAUAAUAUAUAACACAUAUAGUAUAUAAAUUUAUUUUACAGAAAUGAUUAACACGGUCUAAAUAUUUUGGUUCUACAGUAGGUGCCUAGACUGUAUUGCACAUUUUAAAACAAUUGUAGACAGUUUUUAUUUUACAAAAUUUAAAUCAAAUAUUUAAAAUAAUGCAUUUUAUUUUUUUAUCAUAAUAAUAACAACAUUACUUGUAAUAAUAAUUUGAUUACAAUACUGGUUUGUUAGGAAUAACUUAGACAACCUGUUAUCAUGAAGGUCAUACUCUUAAUAUACCUAGCUUAUACAAAUUUUAAGGAUAAAAACCACAUAAAGCAAGUUUAUUUAUGUAGUUUUUUCUUUAUGUGCUAGGUAUAUUGUAACCAUAAAUGUGACCUAUUAUAUUUAACUACUUUUAUAAUUAUGUUUAUAAGUGUGACAGAAUUCAAGUUUAUUGCCACAUUAAAAAAAAAUAUAUAAAACUUAUUCUUGUAGACUUAGUAUUAUAAUAAUAUGAAUUAUCUUGAAAUAAAAAAUUACUCUUUAUAUCUACUUAAAAAAUUGAUUUUUAUAUAUCUGAUAUCAAUUUAUUUAAAAAUGAUUAUAAAACAAAACUUGACUCAACUUAAGUUCUUCAUUUAAAAUAAAAUUAUAACAAUCAAUUCCUUUCUGUUUAGGUAGCUAGUUCGUUUUAAAUUUUUUUUUUCUACUCGCCAUCUUCUGUAUUUCUAUAAAUGUUUAUCCAUUUAUAGUUGAUUAUACUCAAUAUUUCAAAUAGUAUAAAAAAAAAUGUGGACCGUGCCGCCACACAAAUUAUGCUCCACUUUCUCUACCCAAAUCUAAAAGUAGAAUAUCUGUCAACAGAUGACAGAAAUCAAAGAUUUCAACUCCAGAAUGUAUUUAAAUUAUUACUUAAUUUAUGUAAACAUUUUAAUAUAGGUGUUAUAUAAACAUCAAAAGUAAAUAAUCUUUUCACCCUCAAAAAUAAUCAUAAAAAUAAUAUAAAUGUAACUUUGUAAUACCUUGUAUAUUUUAAUAUAUUCUAAUAUGAUAGGUACAUCAAAAUAUUAAUUUUAGAAGGUGCCACAAUAUCGUGUUCUUAUUGGUACAUAUUAUAAUAUACAAGAUAAUAUCAUAGAAUUUAACCAAGCUAAUUAGUUGAUGGCAAGUUAUUCAUGAUUCAUGCACUUAUAACAAAAUACAAUACCGUGGUAAAUUGAUUUUACAAUACAUUAUACUUGUCAGGUACUUUGAAAUAAAAUAUAAAACGCGUGUCCAUAUUAUUUUAUGUGUAUAAAAUAUGAAAAUACCUACCUACCUACUUAAAUUAAACUAAUUUAUGGUUUUCCAUUAUAGUGAAACACAUUUUAAGUCCAUUGUAAUAAUAUGUUGACAUUUUAGCUAUUUUAUUUUAUAAUCGUGAAAAAUGUAUUUAUUUAUUUUAUAUCUAUUUAAUAUACUAUAUGAAAAUCAACUAAUUUCUAUUUGUAUAUGUAAAUAUACCUUACCAAGUAAACUAGUUUAUAUUGAAAUCUCAGUUACUUAUUCAAAUGGCUUACAAUAUUUUUAUUUUUUUAUUGAUAAUAAGUAAGUUAUAAGUUAUAAAAUAUAAUGCAGGUAGGUUAAUUGUAAUAACUAAUAAUUGAAACUAUAUGAGUCAUGAUAAUGCAAUUUCCUAGUGAACGUGGUAAAAAGUCAUUGACAAAAAUUACUAAUGAGCAUUUUUUUUUUCUACAAGGUUAAUGAUUCUUUGCGAUAUUAUUGUAGGCGUGCAUGAAGUCGGUUUUAUCUUAAUCCUGAAUAAUCAGUAUAUAAUUCGUUUUUUUAAGUAGAUAUAAAUACUAAAAAGAGCUGAUACUGGGAACGCGUGGAACCACUAUUGUUGGUGGGAAGUUGGGAAGGUAGGAUAUAAAAGGUUAUUUCAUUUAUAUAAACUAUUGUUGACGAAAAACGAUUUCGAGCGCAGUUCGGUAAUACAAAAUAAACGUUUUCCGUAAUAAUGUAAAAUAAUGAUAUUGUGAAAUUGUACGUUUUUUCCCGAUUAUUAUGAAAACUAAUUAAAAAAAAAUCUAAAAACGACUCGUAUCUUCAAAAACAAGAUUAAUAAUUCAACAUAAAAGGUCUCUUGUCGUUUUUCAAUUGGACCCAUAUUUGUGCUAAAAAACGUGGUAGGCAUUUAUUCAAAAUAACGAAAUCGUGAAAAAAUCGUAUUUUUUUCCCCAGUUGCUCGUUUUUAUUUUAAAUACAGUUUCGAAAAUCAAAAAAUGACCUACAUAUUUACUAAGUAGAUAAAAUUGACUUUCAGAAAAGAUGCUACACCUAAACAUCGGAGCAAGUUAUCUAGGAUAAAAAUGGUCUACAGUAUAAAAAAAUAAAUAAAGGAGGUUCCAUUGUAAAAAAAUUUAAAAAAGUCGUCCGAUGAUUUUGGAAAUUUUACCACGUCUAAUAUAAGUAUUAUUGUCAAGUUUCAAGUCCUUACGUGUAUUUAUAACCGAAUUACAGCAAAAAAAUUCAAAUUUCUUAAAAACUCAAAAUUUUUGGUCAUUAUACCGUAAAACAAUAAAUCAAAAAGGAAACAAAAACAGGUAUCUUGUGAUUUUUCGAUUAAAUCAUUUUUUCUCAUAGAAAACGUCCGUGUUUUUCUAAAAUAAUGAAAUUGAACAUUUUCCUACGGUUUUUCCACUUCAGUGUUUUCAUUUAAAAAAAAAGCGUCGAAAAUCAAAAAAUGACCUCUCUAAAGUACAAUCUAGACAACAUAAGCUUUCAGAAAAGUUGCGGUUCGUAAAGAUCGGAGCAAGUUUACUAAGAAAAAAAUACGUCCACAGACUAGAACAAAGAAAAAAAUAAACAGCAUUGUAAAACCAAUAGCUCUCUCGCUACGCUCGGAAUUUAAAAUUAUAAUCAUAUAUUUGUUUUUACGAUUAUUAAUUAAAUAGUAGCGUAUUUUCUUAAAGAAAUUACUAUCGUUCAGAUGCAUUUAUUAGACUGUAUAAAAACCAUUAAAAACUAUGAGAACUGGUAGGACUACGUCCUCAAUUUGUGUCUAACAGUCGCGUAACAUAGAAUAAGUAAUGAAAUUAGUUAUAAUACUUAGAGUGAGAUCCUCGCUAAUAUAUUAUAUUGAAAAAAAAAUAGUUAACUUUUAUAUAAAUACUUUAAUUUGACUUAGAAAUAAAUAUUGAAAAAUGUCUAUACUAUCUUUUAAAUAGGUAAUAUUAAUCUAUGAUUCUUAGUUAUUUUUUAAAAAUAAAAAAUAACAUUCUCUUUUUUGCAAUCAUAUAGGUAUGUUUUUUUUUAUAUCGUAUGAACUAUGAGUAACGACUUUUUAUUAUAGUUGCAUAAUAGGAAAAGGAGAGCAAGUUUGUGAAUGAUCUCAUAAUACGUAACUGUGUGUGAAUGUAAAUAAACACAAAAGAACGGCAAAAAAAAUUCAAAAUAUAAUAAAAUAAAAAUAAUGUAAAUGUACUUAUGCAUAAUAACGAUAACUGCUUUUGUAAUGAUAUUAUUACCUUAUAUUUUCAUGCCUAGUUGUUUGAAUUUAUGGUGGUAUUUUGGCUUAUGAUUUAUGAAAUGUUCAGUAGGUACCUGUUACCACAUAAUGGUACUUAUACAAUUUUACAUGUCCAAUUGUUAAAUUAUGUAAGCAUUGGUUUUACAGCAGCAUAUUUUUUGUAUAUGUCUGGGUUUAUUUUGUAUAAAGCACGACAAUAAUUGUUUUAUAAUAUUUUACCGUUUGAGAUUUUAAGAAAAAAAUUAAGAAUUCAUAUCGAUAAAUAUUGUUUAUGAGCAUAAACAUGAUAAUAUGUAUUAAAACCAAUUUUUACCUUUUUUAAUAAAUAUUGAGUGAUUCAACUAUAUUUUCGGAUUAAAGGAUAUUAUAUCCUAAUACUUUAAUAUACAUUAAAAUUAAUAAUAAUAUUAUUAGUAUUUUAUAAGUAUUUGCUAGUUUCCGGUUAUUGUUUAUAAAACAAACCAAAAAACUGGUGGACACUCUAAUGUUCUACAAUGACCUUGUUAAUUUUAAAAGUUUGAUACUUUGUUAUAGAUAUGCAUACAAUUAUUUAUGGUAUUGUGUGUGUGUGUGUAAAAUAUAAUACCCAUUAUAUUAUUUAUGUAGGUAUCGGCAAUAGGUUUUAUAGGUACUUACUACCUAUCAAUAGAAUAUUAUAUUAUUUUUUUCUUUUAUAUACUGAUCUGAAUUCUGGAUAUAAUUCCAACAGAAAUGAUAGUCUCAUGCGGACUAUGUCAAUUUCAUUAUCGUAAAUUGUAUUAAUAUAAUUAUAUACGUAUAAAUUGCAUGAUAUAUUUAUAUAUAAUUUGUUAAAUUUCACAUUAUUACCGAACACCAAACUAAUUGACUUUUUUCUAGUGUUAAAUAACAAUUAUUUUAUUUUUUUUACAUUAAUACCUAUUUGUAGGUAAUGUAUAAUAUUGAGUACCUACAUAGUUAGGUAUUUCAAAUACCUACAGUGUAGUAAAUUACAGUUAGUCUCUUGGAUAAAACAAACAAAAAACCGCAAAAUUGUUUACUUCAAGUGUUAAAAAUUAGCGAAUUAGGCAUGUUUUAUUAUUGUUGACCUUUAUCGUAAAAUGUAUAUGAGUAUCUAUAUAAGAAAAUAUAAAUACAAAUUAUAUAGGUAUUAGCUAUUAUAUAGGUAUAGAGGAUAAGAAACUCUCAACUCGUCGGUAAUUAAAUUCAAUAAUAAAUUAACCUGUCUGUAACCUAAUCUACAUUUUUUUCUCGUAUCCGUGUAACACAGUAGGUAUAGGUAUCAUAGUAACUAUUCGUUCAUACUCGUUUAAUAUUUUUUAAAUUAAAUACAUAUCUAAAAUUACAAUUACAUAAUUUUGUUUGCCGUUUCAAUAUGAUUUAAAUGAUUUUUGUAUUCUUAUAAUAAUAAUAAUAAUAAUAAUAUGUUGAACGAACUAUUUAUAUUAUGCGUAUUUAAAUACAUUUUGUAUGUAUCUAUCCACCUUGUUGAUAUUCAAAACGCGUUGUCAAAAACAUACUUGACAAAUGUUAUUAUUUUUUACUAACCAUACAAACAAAUAUUAUCUACAAGUAAAAAUUGUAGAAAUUUUGUUUUAUAUUUAAAUCAACUCCAUUAAUAAUAUCUGGCUGUUAAGUAAAAGUUCUAAAACUCCCAUAUAAUUUUAAGGAAGCCAAUUAUUACCUUGGCUAUAUCUGUUUAUAUCUGUCGUACAUAAAAAAAAUAUUUUUUAUUAAAUCAAUUUGUGUUUUUUGAAAACUUAAAUGAGGUAGGUAUCUGCGGGUACAUUAAAUAUUAGUAUAGGUAGGUUUUAUAGUAUUAUGGUAGUAUAGGGUAAUACUAAUUUAAUUAUUGGUUUAGACAGGCGAAUAAGGUUCAGAGGCCAGUGUCAUUGCCACAAGGGCAUUGCAAAGGCAAAUGUGUACACAAUGUCUUGUUCUGUUGAUUUAUUAAAAAUGUUUUUUUUUUCAUUGAAGAAUCAAUUCAACAUUAUUAUAUAUAUUUUCAAUGUAGUUCACAAUACUUAAUCAAUGUAGGUGUACAUUUAUUCAACAUUAUGUCUCUGUGUUCGAUGUUGUUGCAGAUACUAACAAAUGUAAUCAAUCAAUUACAUUAAUUAAUAACAAUAAUAUAAAUAAACAAAUAUCACGGUCUUUUUAAUUUUAUAGUUUUGUAUUCUAGAUAACAUAGGUACUAACAAAAAUAUGGUUGUAAUAUUAAUAAAUAAUAAAAAUAAUAAUACAGUAAUUUGUAUUAUAUAAUAAUGCAAUAAUAAUAAUUGUGUUGAUUUUUAAUAUUUCAUCACCAUGUUGCAUUAUAUAUUAGUAUCUACUUGUAUAUUGUAUAUGAGUAGAAAAAUACUAAAUAAUAUUCACACAUCUAUUUUUUUUUAUAUUAAUUGGACAUAUGUUAUGUUAUUGAUUUUGUACUGAAUUUUUUAAUAAUAUUAUAUACUUUCUAAGUAUACAUUAUUUAUUUAUGAAUAAAUGUUAACUUUAAAUAUUUGUACUUUUUCUCUUGUCACUUUUUUCGUCUAUUUGAGGUUGGACACCUUAGUCCUAAAUAUCUAUUUUACUCUUUACAACUUAAACAUUUUUGUAUAAAUUAUAAUAGUUUUAAAAAAAAUUGUAUUGUUGAGCAUUAUUAAUUUCUUUUUGUACUUGAAAACUUUAAAAAAUAAAAAAUUAUUUUGAAUGUAGCUCAAAAUUUAAAUUUAAAUGCUUGCUAACUAUUAUGACAGUUUUGUAGCUACUCACAAAAUUGAAAAAUUAUCACACUAAGAUAAGAAUGCCAUUGUUCAAUCCACUAUGAGACAAAAAAUUUUAAUAAAUUUAAUGCCCUGAAAAUGUUAAACUAAAAAAAUAAAAAUAAUUGCCUAUCAUUCUAAAACUACAUUAAUGUAAAACACUCCGUUCUGAAUCUAAAAAUAAGUUUACAACAAAUAUACAUGAUUAAACGUUUUAAAGCCCAGCUUACUAAUAUAGUUUUAUAUUUUAUAUAAUUAUUAAUUACAAAUUUAUCAUCUCUCGUUGGUUUAAAAACAAAUUAAUUGACCUUUUAGGUGUACUAUAUUACUGUACACCAUCAUUAAAUGAUAACAAUUUUUAGUAAGUUUUAUAAAUAUAUUAAUUUUUAAAACUUAUAAUUAAUAACAAAUUAAAAAAAUGUAAAGAAAAAACACAUCUUGGAGUAUUAUUAUAGGUUGAGUGAAUUUACUACCAGUUUCGAUAUAUACAUAAAAUAAUUGUUAGAUAAUGGAAAAGCAGAAAAUAUUUGUUAAUAAAAUAAAAUUUAUUUUAUUUUUUCACCUUAGUUAAAUUACUAAUGACUUUAGAUUUUGAGUGGAGCUUAUUAUUAUUAUUAUUAUUAUAAGAAGCUUAUUUUUUAUAUAGAUAUGUUUGUAUAUUUUUUUGUUCAUCUGUGGCGCAACUUUUCUACCAGAAAUCUUGCUGUAAUUUUUAAAUGUAGCACUUUUUCUGAAAAGAAAUUGGUGUGGAGUUUUUUAUUUUUCGAUUUUCUUAAGAGUUCUCUCAUCAAAUGUGAAAAACCCUAAAAAAAAACUGAGGAAAAACAGAAAAAUAUAAGAAAUUUAGGUACCUAUUAAUUAAAAAUAUUUUAUUGAAAUUGUAUCAGUAUCUGGAAGGAAUUUGGACUCCCUCCUUUAAAUCUGACACUGCAUGAAACAUACAAUUUUGAACGAUAUUAAAGUAAUUAAACAAUUAAACAAAAUUAAAAACAAGACAUAUAAAAUUAAAAUUAUAUUUGUCUUUUAAGUUUUUUUGUGUAUUAUUUUUUUAAACAUAUUUUUACAAAAUUUAAAUACUAUUAUGUAGUUCUUAGUUAUCUAUUUAUUUAUUAUCAUCAUCAAUAUAAAAAAGUACUUAGUUUAAAGUAGUAAAAAUGAAAAAUAUUAUGUUUAUUUAGCCUGAGUGAAGAAGCUUUUUAUUAAUAGGAUACUUUUCAUUAAAAAUGAUGUAAAAUCUUAUUUUUUACAUUCAGUAAUUCCAGAUUAGGGUAACAAUUUAACAAUUGGCUAAUAACUUCAAUUUUAAGUGUAAUUUUCACCGAGUUUGGUGUUAUAUAUAUGAUAAAAAUGUAGAGUAUUGUCAAUUUUUCAUUAUUAUUAUUAUUAUUAUUAUUGUUAUAAUUGUUUAUUUCUUUGAAAAGAUAAUGGACCUACUGAACAAAUUUGUGUGGGCACCCAUGAGUUUACAAUUUAUUACAAGGAGAAUAUUACAUUAAAAUAAUUUGAAUUUAACUUUUUUUAUAAUUUUAGACUUAUGAAACUAACAUAAACAUAUACAAUUUAGGAAAUAAUAAUUAAUAUAUGGAGACUUAAUGUAUAAUACAGUUUGAUAAAAUACAAAUGCAAGCAACUUACAUAUAUACAAAUAUUUAAAAUUUGGUUUAUUUUGCAGUCAGUUAGUUAUUUUUUUUUUUUUAAAGUAUUAAACGAUAGAGUUGUUUUGAAGUUCAAUGGUGUACCAUAUUAUAUAUUUUUGGUCCUAUAUAUACGUAAGUAGAUUGAGUUAAUUUUCUGAGCAUUAAGGGAACAGUAAUGUUAAUAAUUGUCUUGUGUUAUAUCCAUGAUCAAUACUAGGUGUUAGGUUAUGUUUAAUUAUAUAAAUUACUGAUACCUUAUAGAAACAUUUUUUUUUUUUAAUGACCGAACAUUUAAUUCUUUUUACAGAUAUUCUGUGUGAUACAAAUGAUUCUUUUUUAAAAUAAUUUGUAUUAUUUUUAAUACUUAGAUUUGUUUUUUGAAUCCAUUGAUCGGUUUCAGUAAUUAAAAUAAUAGGUACAGAUUUUUCUCAAAUGGUGGUGCACACAAUGUGCAAAAUAUAUCAAUUUUUUAGGUAUACAUUUUAAUUUUUAUUAAUUUCGCUAUGAAUGUAUUUCUAAACCAAUCAUUUUUUUAAAAAGGUUAUAAAAGAAAAGACUUCUCCUAAUAGAUGGGCCACUGUUGUAGGUUAGAAGUUGAAAAGGUAGAAAUUGAAUGUAUACACUACCAUUAAUCAUUGCUAAUGAAAAACGAUUCUGAGCGAAGUUCGGUUAUACAUUACAUUUACAAUUUUCGUCGAAAUUUGAUAUUAAAAUUCAUAAACAAAAAGUACUUCAUUAAACUUAACUUGUUAACCACUAAGUACAACUUGUCAUGAACCAACUAUAAAUUUGCUAGUAUUACUGUUUGGUCUAACAUUUUUAUCCACAGAGUGAGUAUCUACUGAAUAAUAAUUAUGUAAAAAGCUCAUAAUUUUAAAAUGUCUAUUAAUAACUCUAAAAUGUUUUGAAAAUUUUGUCUCAUCUAGAAAAGACAAAUAUAAGUUUUCUACUUAAAUUUCAAGUUUCUAUAAUUAUUUUAAAUUGAUUAAUAGCAAAAACCAAAACUGAACAUAAUAAAUUAUUUUUAUACAUUUUUCUGUUUUUUCCAAUUUAUUAUGAAAACCACUUGGUAAAAAAAUGACCUUCCUAACGUACCAAUUUGACUUAUUGGAUGAAGAUGUCUGGUAGUAAUUUUUAUAGUAUAAAAAAAAAAAUACAAAACUUGGGAUAUAAUGAAAAUAUUGUAAUAUUAUUCAUUUUUUUGGAUAUUUAUAAUUUAGAAAAAUUAUAGAUAAACCAUUUUAAUAGGUUACCACUAAUAAUUAUGGAAAAUUUUUAAAUAUUAAAUUACUAAUACAUUUUUUAGGAAAUGGCUUUUACGAUCGAAGAAAGACAAUCUUUGGGCAUUCACGGAUUGUUGCCACCUCGUGUUAAGACUCAAGAUGAACAAGUUAAACAUGCCUUGGCUAAUCUUAAACGUUUUAAUGAUGACCUGAAUAAAUAUAUUUACCUGAUGGGUUUACAAGUAAGCAAGUAUGACGCUGACCUAAUUCACGGGUUCUUAUCAACUAACAUAUUGAAUUGUAAUUUUUAUUUCAGGAGAGAAAUGAAAAACUUUUCUACAGAGUGAUGGCUGAGAAUGUAGAAGCCUUUAUGCCACUUGUUUACACUCCAACUGUUGGAUUGGCAUGUCAAAAGUAUGGUCUUAUUUUCCAGAAACCCAGAGGAUUAUUCAUAUCCAUCCAUGACGCAGGUCAUGUAUAUGAUGUAUUGAAGAACUGGUAAAAAUAAUUGACCCAUUCAAAAGUUGUAAUAGUAUUGCGUAUUAUAAUGUUUUUAUCAAGUCAGUGUACUUAAAAAAAAACAAUUUGUUCUUUAUCAUUUUUUAAAAAUUAGUUAAUAAUAAAUCAAUUUUCAAAUUAUUUAACAUGUAUGUACAUCAUGAAUUUAUAUAAUUAAAUUAAUAUCAUGUAUAAAAUGCUAAAAGAAUUAUAACUUACAUACUAGUAACUGUAUUACUCAUCUAUACCCGUGUAUAGUAUUGAAUAAAUAAGGGAGAUGGACAAUUGACUGACAAUAAUAUAUUAUAAAGUAGUAAUUUAUAAUGCCAUGCAUGCAAUUCAUAUUUUUAUUUUAAAAAUCUAAAAAAUAAUUUUAAAAGACUGAUAUACUUUUCAAAAUGAAUGGGCCACUGUUGUAGGUGAGAAUUUAAGAAGGUAGGAUAUAGAGGGGAAUUUAAUGUACGCAACAAUUAUUUUUACUUAUUUUUUUUGUUAUUAUUUUUACUGAAUUAGCAAUCCACAUUAUCACAAUAGUAGAUUAUUUCGGAUUAAAAAAAUUUUGUAAAAGUAUAAAAUAUAUAACAUUAUAAUUCACUAAUUUUAUGUAUUAUUGUUGGUCAAAUGGUUGUCGAUUGAUCCAGAUCCAAUAAAUAAAAAGUAUCCUUGCGGAAUUGAUUUUAAUAAAAAAAUAAAAAUAUUUUGUAUUUGUGUUUAUUUCUAUAUGAGUCUCGUUUUAAAGGUUGAAUUUCUCAUUUAACCAUUCUCUAAAUGCUCCUGAAAUUAAUAACCUUACUAUUUUCAGUGAAAUCAGUAGAGUAGUUUUUGAGUCUGUAAACUUCAACUAUACAGGCAUCAUAUCUUAUAAAAAAUAAUAAAAUAUUAUUGUCACUAAAAUGUGCAAAUAUUGCACUCAAUCUCUCAUUCUUUAUGUUGGUAAUGGGAGUUAUUGUGCAUCCUAAAAGAGCUAAAUAAUAUAAGAAGAUACUACCAUGCACUGUUUCAAUCCAACUAAUGGGAUAUUUAAUAAAAACAUGUUAACGCGAUCAGAGAAGAACUCAUUUAAUUUUGGUUUAACCCUUUGAGGCAUUGUGGUAUAGUGAAACCACCUAUUUUUUUGUUUCUUUUUAUAUGUAAUAUAAAUGUUAAAUUUUAAUAUUUUCCAAGAAAAAAAUUUCAAAAAAAAUGUGUACCUCAAAGGGUUAAAGUAAAAGCAUUUAUAUUUCAUAGGGCAAAACAAUGGGUUUUUUUUUCCAUGAUUUCAAAUAAUUUUAAAUUUAAAAAUUAUUUGUCUACUCAAACUGUGCUUAUUUUUGAACUUUACCUUGUUAGUUGGACUGAAAUACUAAAUGCGGACGUGGUAUCCUCCUAACUAAUUGGUUUUAGAUAUUAGUUUAUUAGUUAUUAUUAUAUCCAUAUCCAAUGGGGUUUAAUAAUGAUAAUAAUUAUAAAAAAUAUAUUUUAUAGGCCUGAACAAGAUGUCCGAGCUAUUGUUGUUACUGAUGGUGAAAGAAUCCUAGGCCUUGGUGAUCUUGGUGUUUACGGUAUGGGUAUCCCUGUUGGUAAACUGGCUUUGUAUACAGCUUUAGCUGGAAUUAAACCACAUCAAUGUCUUCCAGUAACACUGGACUGUGGAACUAAUACUCAGGUAAGUUUUUGGAAAACAUUUUAAUAUGUAUUAUUAAUACUUAAGUACCAAUUAACAGUAAUAAUUAUAUCUAAAUGAUUAAAUGUCAAUAGUUACUAUUGGAUGACCCAGAUUAUAUUGGAACUAGACAAAAGCGGAUUACCGGUCAAAAGUAUGAUGAUUUUGUUGAUGAAUUCAUGCAGGCUGCCGUAAAACGUUAUGGACAAAAUUGUUUGAUACAAGUAAAAUUUACAACAUUUGCUUGAAGUUGACUCAACAGAUUUUAUUAACUUAUUAUUCAUUUUAGUUUGAAGAUUUUGGCAAUUCUAAUGCUUUCCGGUUCUUGGACAAAUAUCGUAACAGUUAUUGUACAUUCAAUGAUGACAUUCAAGGAACUGCUUCUGUGGCAUUAGCUGGUCUUUUUGCUUCUCUCAGAAUUACUAAAACCAAAUUGUCAGACAAUGUGAUUUUAUUCCAAGGUGCUGGAGAGGUAAAUGCAUACAUAAAAUAUAUGAGUUUAUAUAUUGGUCUCGUAUUUCAAUGCUUCGUGGAUAUAAUUUAGAUAAUAUUGCACUUUAAUGUUUAUUUAAAUUUAUUUAAAUGUUGAGGUCAAACAAAUGUAUUUGGCUUUAUUUAAUAAGAAUUAUUAAAAUAUUUCAAACAAAUUAUCAUCAAUACUAGGGUUCAUUAAUAGGACCUGUAAAGAUUUUACUAAUGUGUUUCUUAAUGUCAAAUUAGAUCUACAAAAAUUAUUCUUCAUGUUCUAUUUUAAAAAACAAAUUAUAAUAUCACCAUUGAUGGAAUCAUGAAAUAAGCUGAUAACUAGAGACUGGAUUUUUAGGUUUUUAAAGUUUAAAAUAUGAUGCUGAUAUGCUUUAAAAUAUUCUCUUAAUAUUCCUUAAACAUGAAAAUAUGCUAAAUAUGAUUUUUUUUUUUAUUUAAAAUAAUUUAUAGAGUUGUAAACACAAGUUACAAUAACAAAUAUAUAUUAUAUAUUUGUAAAUAUGCCUACAUUAAAUUUUAGAAUAUUUACAUUUACCAUUAAUAUAGUACCUCGUGUUAUAAUAAUAUAGAUACUCAAAUUUGAUUAUUAUUAUCAAAAUAUUCAUUUAAUUGUCUCAUUUCUUUGGUAAAUUAUUUAAACUCAGCUAUAUUUAAAAUAUAAUAGGUUUCAUAAUAUUAUUGUUAUGUUUCAGCAUUAAAAAAAAUAAAAUUGAAUAGGUAUAACAAAAUUAAAAUAAAAAAUAAACAAUCUUAAUGGGUAAUUAGAAUUGUUGGUAUCGCUAUGUAGCAUCCCACCAUUGGUAUUGAGCGAGCGCUUUUGUUUUUUCAACAUUAUUCAUUAUAUAAUAAACAUAGAAUAUUGAAACCAACACUAAAUAAUUUAUAUUUUAAUCGUUUACAAAAACAGUUCUUACAAUUUUUCUGAAUUAUAAGUAUUUUAAACAAUAAAAAAUUAUUUUAUAUACAUAGUAAUAUAAUAAAUUAUUACGUCAAUAUCAUUAAGUGAGCGCAACGCUCACUAUAUGGAUAUUAAUAUGAUUGCAUGUUGAUAUCCUAUUAAGAAAUAUUUAUACAAUUAUUACAUAUACAAAAGUAUAUUUAGCCACGAGUCCAUUGAAGGUAUAAAUAGUAUCAGAUGAAUCAAGUAAUAAAUAAACAAGUGUUUCUGAAAAUACUAACUAGGUGAGCGCCGUGCUCACCACGAUACUAAUGACUGAUUAAAACAUUUGGUCACAUAUAAUUCAUGGAUAAUAAAUAUUAUUACUCGCCAAAAUCUCUUAAUGAUUUUGUUCACAAUUCAAGAGAAAUAGGUGACCAACUUUACCAAUUUGACUAUAAACCAGAAAUUAAAUGAUUUUUAUCAUUCUUCAAUAAAAUAAAUAAUAAUCAUUAUUUUCUACAAUGAAAAUAUCACAACUUAAGAAAAGAGUUAAAUGUAUGAUUUUUUUGGUGACUAAUAAUACAAUAUUCCAAUUCUCCAAAUUCCAAAAUAUGCUCAAAUAUGCCAAAUAAAUUUUUCAUCCUUGUUGCACUUAUAUAAAGUGAAUAAAUAUAUGUAAAAACCUAAAAAAACCUCCUUUUGGUUGUGUCCCUAAAAAUGUAUUGGCUUUUUAAAAAUAUUUGAAGAUUUGAUACGAUUCACCAUCAUGAAGUUAUUUUUUUAAAAAAAGCGUUGAUAGUUAAAUUUUGAAUAAAUACUUCAUAUAACCCCAAUUAUUGUAGAAUAAUUAUGUGGAAAAAAACUUUUUUAGCAACAAAAAUGUUUAAAAAUUUGGAUAAUUGUAUAUUAUUUUGUAGUUCCUUAUAUAUUCAAUUUUCAAUUUAUUUAAUUAACUUUCCAUUUAUUAUUAUAAUGGUGCACUUGUUGACUGAAAUAUGUGUUUUUUAAUUUACAAACUAUUGAAUUUUUUAUAAUUAUUAUUAUUAGUAUUUAUUCAUAAUUUAUUAUAUUGUUAUUGUUAUUUUUUUCAGAAUUUAAAUACAUGGAGAAUAUCUAAAAUUAUAAAAUAGUAAUUUUAAAUGUUGUUCUAUAGAAAAUAUUUUAAUUUUAAUGACAAUUCAACAUAUUUGAAUUAAAUAAAAUUAUAUUGUAAAUAUAAUUGUUACAGGCUGCUUUAGGAAUUGCAGAGCUAUGUGUGAUGGCAAUGCUUAAAGAAGGUACAUCAUUGGAAGAUGCUAGAUCAAAAAUUUGGCUGUUUGAUUCUAAAGGUCUUGUAGUCAAAAAUCGUCCUGAGGGUGGUGUCACUGGACACAAAGUAGAAUAUGCCAAAACUGUAGCCCCUGUUAAAGUACUUGCUGAAGCUAUCAAAAAAGUUAAACCAACAGUACUUAUUGGUGCUGCUGCUAUUGGUGGAGUGUUUACAAAAGAAAUUAUACAAGAAAUAUCGUCUUACAAUGAUCAUCCAGUAAUUUUUGCCCUGAGUAACCCAACUAGCAAAGCUGAAUGUACUGCUGAACAAGCAUACACUUAUUCAGAUGUAUGUAUUAUAUAUUCCCAUAGAUAAUACUCAUUUAAAUAAUUGUAUUAAUAUUAUAAUAUAUUUAGGGCAAAGCUGUAUUUGCUAGUGGUUCACCAUUUAAUCCAUUCACUUACAAGUCAAAAACUUACUAUCCAGGCCAAGGAAACAAUUCAUACAUAUUCCCUGGAGUAGCUCUUGGAGUUAUUUGUGCCGGAAUUAAGACAAUAUCAGAAGAAAUUUUCAUCAUUGCUGCUCAAGUAUAGUCUUUGGCACUUCAAAUUUAUUAUAUUUACAUGUUAAUGAUUUUUGAACUAAUUCACAGAUUUUAGCUGAACUUGUGACUGAAGAAGAUUUGGAUAAUGGUAGCCUAUACCCUCCACUUCAAUCUAUUCAAGAGUGUUCUUUAAAAAUUGCUUCCAAAGUAAUUGAUUAUGCAUACAAAAUUGGUGUAGCCAGCACAUUCCCAGAACCUGAGGACAAGAUUGAAUUCAUUAAGGCCCAGCUGUACGAUUAUAGUUAUAGUUCAGCAUUGCCACCCUCCUAUACUUGGCCAAAACUGUGAUUAUAUAAUUUCUUGAAAUGGACAUAUAUUUUUAAAAGCCAAACUAGACAGGUUAUUGUCAAUAAGGCAAUAAUCGUUUCAUAUAUAUUUACACUCAAUAUACAAACUUAGUAAUUUCAAUAAUAUUAAAAAUCAUGUUUAAUUUUUUUGACCUUUUUUAAUUGGGUGUAGGUGAAUAACUUUUAUAUUUUCUUGGUCACUUUAUUCUUUUAUUUUAAGUUAUGUACUUCUUUUGUGUGCGUUGGAGUUGUAAUCAGCAGUAGAAUUAUAUUUGUUUUUAUUUGUAUAACUUAGUGUGUAAUUUUAUUUGUUAAAUAAAUCAAUCAAAUUUAUAAAUUAAUUGUUGUGAUUAAUAAUACAACAAUCCUUUACAUAAAAUAAAAAUAUUUGUUAAAGUGGUUUAAGGUAGAUUUUUAAGAUUAUCAAUUGUAAUUUUUAUUUCAUUGGUUUUGUGUUUCUACAUUAUUGAUAAAAGGUUAUAACCUACCAAGGUUAAGUUAUUAUUAAUUAGUGAUACCCAGACAGGUCUAGAACUUUAGAUGCUAAAAGCCACAUACUGUAAGGGAAAUAUAUCUUUAGCCAUUUAUGUAUGUUUCAAUAAAUUUGGUAAAAUUACCUAUUGUUGAUAAUAUAAUAAAAUGUGAGACAGUAGGAAUGUUUGUUUUUAAACAAAAAAAUAUAUAAAUACUACACAUUAACAAUUAUAAAAUAAUUAAAAUAUGCCUAUCAGGAAAAGGGGGAAUUCACCUUUCCCUAUUAAAACACAUAUACACACACUAAAUUAAUAUACUAUAGACUAUUAUAUUUUAAGUGUAAUAUACAAUUUUAAAUGGCCAACAAUUUUUAUUAAAAUUAUUUCAUAGAAUAUUAUCUGAUGGAACUGUGACAAAAUGUUAUUAGACAUUAUAUUUUAAGUCAACGGAAUGUUUAUAUUGUAUAGAAUAUUAAAUUUUUUCUAGAAAGUGUACAAUUGCACUAAAUAAAUCAUGGGUUAUUGUUUUAAAAAUUGGAGUACUUUAACUAAAAAUAUAAAAUAUUAUAUAAAGCAUUUGAUACAUAUCACUUAUUUAUUCUUCACUCGCACUUGAAAUUUUCAAUGUCAUAUAAAUAAUAGUAAAAAGGAACAUUAUAAUGAAAUAAAUUAAAGGAACUUCCAGUAUAACAAACUUACUUAGUAAAAAUGUAUUUAAGAAUUUAAACACAAAUAAUUUGUAGAAGUCCAUUUUAUGUAAUUAAUAUAAUAUAUACAUACAUUAUUUAUACAGAAAAAAAAACCAACAAAAUACAUGGUACAAAAUUACAAUAGUUGUAAGUUUUUCAAGUUAUUAAAAAAAAAUAAACGAUAAUUAAACAAAAUGAUCGCGCCACAUCCCACAUUAACAGUCAUAGUUAAAUUAUUAUAUUUAUUAGAAUAAUUAAAUGCUAUUAUGUGCUUAAACACACAAUUCAUUUUUAAGUAAUAUAAUUUUUCUAUAUUACAUGAACGUAAAAUUAGAACAGUAGAUGCUGUGUAUGUUUUUAAAAAAUAUUUAAAAAUAAUUUUAUAGAUUGGAGGUGAUCAUUUAAAUAGGUAUGUAGUGAGAUCCUGUUGGUAAUGUUUGGUGAUCAUACAAUAGGUUAAACGAUCAAUGGAAUAUUUGGAGCACAAAGAAUAUGAAAAAUGUAUUGAGUGUUCUUAGUAGUUCAACGUUUUAAAUUAUUUUUGGCAUAAUGAAUACAUCUUUUCACUUAAAAGGAAAACCUGGUAUAAUUGUAACUCCUGUUGGUUGAACUGCUUCAGUGAAUGGUUUUUCAUUUAUUUGGUGCUAAAUGGUAUAACUCCAUGUGUUUAAAAAAUUCAUCAUUAUUGGCAUGUGUAAUGGUACACAGAUAACAAGUGAAUCUCUUUGGCAUUAAUAUGUGUGCAUAUUUGAUGUGCGAUUGGAGCGAUUCAUCUGUACUAAACCAUGAAUUGCAUUCUUUACAACAGAAUUUUUUAUUGAGAUUUUGCUUUUCGAAAUAAUGUCUGUGUUCAGCAUUCUUAUGUCUUUCAAUGUCUCCGAUACGGACAAACUUUUUUUCACACAAGCUGCACUUAUAAUUGUGCACUUUCAACAAAUGAUAACCAAGAUCAUAAAUAUUUUUAAACUGACUGUCACAAAAAUCACAUAUUAAUUGAGUUUCUGUUGACAGUUUCUCUGGUUUACUUUGUUUAGUAUUGUGUGUAUUAGUCAUUUUAGUGCGAGAUAUUUUAAUUUUUUGUUUGUGCUCAGCCCAUAAAUGAUUUUCUAAGUCAAUAUUACGAACAAAUUUUUUUUCACAUUGGAGACAUUUGAAUUUGUGAUCUAUUGCUAAGUGUUGUUUGAGUUGAGUUUUGUUUUUUAAUAUUACAUUACAAAUAUUGCAAAAGUAUUGAGCAUAUUUGCUGACCUGCUCCUUAUCAUCUACUUCUUGUUGGCACAGCUGAAGCUUUUGGUUUUUACAUGGUUUAACAAAUUUUGAUAAGUUAUUGCUAUACAUGUUUACAUCAUUCGGCACAGUUGGCAAAACACUUUUGGUUUCUUUGCAGUUAAAUUGUUUUCUGUCUGGCAAGUUUUCCAUAUUAAUAUCAACUAACAUUUCAAUAUGGGAAUUUUUUUUAUAGUUACCAUGCAUGCUCUGUGUAUGUUUUUUUAACGUAUUUUUCCGAAUAAAUUUUUUAUUACAAAACAAACAUUUAUUUUUGUGCUCAGUUUCUACAUGUCGGUAGAAUUUAUUUAGAUUUGUAUACUGGCCAUUACAAAUACUGCAAAUGUACCUUUUAUGUUCAUUAUAAUUGGAUUGAGCAGCAACUUCCUCUGGCAGUUGAUAAUUGUGCAACUUAAGAUUUUUCGCUUCUUUCAAUUGACUAUGUUUUAGUACGUUAUUGAUAUCGCUGCAAUUGGUCUGGGAUAUGGUUGGCAAAAUAUUCUCAAAAUCAGAUAAUUUAUCAAUUUUAUUAAUAUGCAUUUCAUUUGAGAUAUUAACCACAGUCUCUCCAGAAACAAUGUUUUCCUGCCAAACAUCUUGUGUUUGAUUCUGUUGAUCAUAUUCCAGCACAUCAUUGAUAUAUGUAUCAUUUUGUACGAUUGGCAAAACACUUUUAUCUUUGCUACAGUUAAUUUGGUGUUCAUGUGAAUCUUUUUUAAUAAAAUCCGACUGAAGCUUUAGCAUUUCAUCUUGUUGACUUAAUGCGACAGCACCUGUUUUUUUCACGCAGACAUUUUCAUUAUGCUGAAUAUGCAUAACCUGUAUAUGUUUCUGUAAAGUGACAUUACGAAUAAAUUUUUUUUGACAUUCUGAACAUUUAUACUUAUGGUCAUUUCCUUUGUGGCUAUUGAAUUCACUUUUGGUUCUAAACUGCCCUCCACAAAUAUUACACAUAAACCCUUUAAGUUUGUUGACGUGCAUCUUUUCAUCAUAUGGAUAAGGUACUGUUUCUUGCAAUUGAUUGUUGUAAGACUUUUCAUGUUCUUGUACAUUAUUUUCAUGUGUAUGCUCAUCAUUCGGCACAAUUGAAAAGAUGUCUAUAUUAUUACUACAAUUAAUCUGGCGUAUUUUAUCACAAUCCAACUUUAUCAUUUUAUCCAGUUGAUUUGUUGGUAAACCAACAUGUUCUUUUAGAAUGCAGGAAUUUUGGUUAUCAUUAUCAUGAGUGCUAAUAUGUCUCUUCAAAGUUAAUUUACGAAUAAAUUUUUUUUCACAGUGAGGACAGUUAAGGUUGUGAACAGUAGCAGAGUGAUUUUGGAGUACUUUAUUGCCACUAAACUGGCCACCACAAAUGUGACAUUCAAAUUCUGUCUGUUUUAUAACUAUCUUCUUUUCAUCAUAUGGAUUAGCCGUUACAUUUUUAGGCAUUUGCUUAUUAUUAGAAACAAGAUGUGAUGUCCUAUUAUUACUGCGGUUCAUCUGAUAUACUGCUGUUUGAUUAGCUGAAUCAUCAUUUUUAAUAUUACCCGGCUGAAGUUGUAGCAUUUCAUCUGGUUGACUGGAUGUGUUAAUAUGCCCAUUUUGAAUGUAGGAAUUUGCGAUAUCAUGAAGAUGAAUACUUUCACAAUGUUUCUUCAGGGCACAAUUACGAGCAAAUUUUUUUUCGCAAUAACGACAAUUAAUAUUGUGAAUAAGAAGAGAGUGUCUUUUCAAUGAACUUUGACCACUAAAACGGCCGUCACAUAAAUCGCACACAUGUUCUGUAUAUCUAAUGACCGGUUUCUUAUCAUCGCACGGAUAAGUAACAUUAUUUGAGAUAACUGACAAAAUGCCUAUAUUUUUAUUGCAAUUAAUCUGAGAUAUUGCUGCUUGAUUAGGUAAAUGAUCUUUUUUAAUAUUACCCGGCUGAAGUUGUAGCAUUUCAUUCUGUUGACUGGAUGUGUCAAUAUGCCUUUUUUGAAUGCAGGAAAUUGCGGUAUCAUUAGCAUGAAUACUUUCACAGUGUUUCUUCAGGGCACAAUUACGAGCAAAUUUUUUUUUGCAAUAAAGACAGUUAAUAUUGUGAUUAAGAAAAGAAUGUCGUUUUAAUGAACUUUGACUACUAAAAUGGCCGUCACAUAAAUCACACACAUGUUCUGUAUGUUUAAUGACCGGCUUCUUUUCAUCGCACGGAUAAACAACUGUAUCUUGUGAUUGUAUGUUGUGAUGCAAAAGAUUUAGGUUUUCAUUCUGUUGAUCAUGUUCAUGUAUGUUAUUUUUAUGUGUUUGCUUAUCAUUUGGCACAAUUGGUAAACCACCUUUAUUUUUACUGCAGUUAAUCUGGUCUUUACCAGCUUGCAUAUCCUCAAAUUUAACAUGUUCAUUAACUUUUUUCUGUACAGUAGUAGAUUUAUUGACCAGAGUGAUAUUGCUUUGUAUUUGGGCAUUGGGUUUGAAAUAUGGAUGACUCUGUGUAUUAGUGCAAAUUGACUUGGGUAUGUUUGUAGAUUGUUUGUGCAAAACUUGCAUAUGUGAUAUCAUGGUUCUUCUAUUUACAAAACUUUUGGCACAUAUAUUACAUG